AUGCCUGCCCAAGUUAUGCCUGAAAAAGCCCUCCAUGGAAUUCAUGGGUUGGGAAGGGACAACAAUACUUCUGCUCCUCCUCCUAAAAGGUUGGAUGGAAAAGUUGCUAUAGUGACAGGCGGUGCUAGAGGCAUUGGAGAAGCAACAGUGAGGCUUUUUACAAGGCAUGGUGCCAAAGUAAUCAUUGCCGAUGUGGAGGACGCAGUUGGCAUACCCCUAGCCAAUUCCUUGAGCCCUUCAGUCACCUUCGUUCAUUGUGAUGUUAGCUUGGAAGAAGACAUUGAGAACUUGGUUGAAACAACAAUUUCCCGUUACGGGCAGCUCGACAUUAUGUUCAACAAUGCCGGGAUCCUCGGAAACCAGUCGAAACACAAGAGCAUCAUGGAUUUCGACACAGACGAAUUCGACCAGGUGAUGCGGGUGAAUGUGAGAGGAGCAGCCUUGGGGAUGAAGCAUGCUGCAAGAGUGAUGGUGCCUAGAGGAAAUGGAGGGUGCAUAAUUUCAACAUCAAGUGUGGCUGGGGUGGCAGGUGGGCUUGGGCCGCAUGCCUAUACAGCCUCAAAGCAUGCCAUUGUUGGGCUCACAAAGAACGCAGCUUGUGAAUUGGGUCGGCACGGGAUUAGGGUAAAUUGCAUUUCUCCAUUUGGGGUUGCCACGUCAAUGCUUGUGAACGCUUGGAGGACGAGCGGUGAUGAUGAGGAAGAAGAAGAAUGCAUGGAUUUGGGGAUGCCUUGUGAGCAAGAAGUAGAGAAAAUGGAGGACUUUGUGAGGGGACUUGCCAAUUUGAAAGGGCAAACCCUAAGGGCUAAAGACAUAGCUGAGGCUGCUCUUUAUCUUGCUAGUGAUGAAUCCAAGUAUGUUAGUGGCCAUAACCUUGUUGUGGACGGUGGAAUUACCACCUCAAGAAAUUGUGUUGGCUUGUAG